UGUGUUCUGUGAAGCGCUUUGGGACGUCCUCCCGACGUGUCCAUCAGCACAGCGACUGCUGCAGAUGUGAAGCUAGAUUUCAACAACAAUCUUGCAUUGAAGCCUGGCAAGGACUGGUGUGAAGAGGGUCGUGUGGUCACAGCCUCGACCAGAUCUCACUGAACCACUUCUUGAAAGGACUGAAAAAUGUGGCACCGGGUCUACAUCCUGCUCAUCGUGUCCGCUUGCUUCCACACAGGAUCCGCACUUUGGAGCGCUACAGCUCUGUGGACUGCAGGAGGAGCAGUUGUUGCAGUGGUGGCUGCUCCAGUGGUGCUCGGUGCUGCUGGCUUCACUGGUGCUGGAAUUGUAGCAGGAUCCAUAGCAGCGAAAACCAUGUCAGCGGCUGCCAUAGCCAAUGGAGGAGGAAUAGCAGCAGGUGGUUUGGUGGCUGUCCUACAGUCUGCAGGAGCGGCUGGACUCUCAGCUGCUGGCAGUGCUGUGGUCGGGACAGUAGGGGCUGCGACUGGCUACGGUAUUAAAAAGGCUUUUGACAUUGCUGGAGUGGUGGGUGUUCCUUUGGGGCUCAGUGCUGCUGGAAUUGGGGCAGGAACCUUAGCAGCCAACGCAGGAGGAAUAGCAGCAAGUGGUUUGGCGGCAGGAGCGGCUGGACUCUCAGCUGCUGGCAGUGCUGUGGUCGGGACAGUAGGGGCUGCGACUGGCUACGGUAUUAAAAAGGCUUUUGUCAUUGCUGGAGUGGUGGGUGUUCCUUUGGGGCUCAGUGCUGCUGGAAUUGGGGCAGGAACCUUAGCAGCCAACGCAGGAGGAAUAGCAGCAAGUGGUUUGGCGGCAGGAGCGGCUGGACUCUCAGCUGCUGGCAGUGCUGUGGUCGGGACAGUAGGGGCUGCGACUGGCUACGGAGCGGCUGGACUCUCACCUGCUGGCAGUGCUGUGGUCGGGACAGUAGGGGCUGCGACUGGCUACGUUGUUGCAGUGGGGGCUGUCCCAGUGGUGCUCGGUGCUGCUGGCUUCACUAGUGCUGGAAUUGGAGCAGGAACCUUAGCAGCAAAAGCCAUGUCAGCAACUGCCAUAGCCAAUGGAGGAGGAGUAGCAGCAGGCAGUUUCGUGGCUGUCCUACAGUCUGUAGGAGCGGCUGGACUCUCAGCUGCUGGCAGUGCUGUGGUCGGGACAUUAGGGGCUGCGACUGGCUACGUUGCUGGAGUGGUGGGUGUUCCUUUGGGGCUCAGUGCUGCUGGAAUUGGGGCAGGAACCUUAGCAGCCAACGCAGGAGGAAUAGCAGCAAGUGGUUUGGCGGCAGGAGCGGCUGGACUCUCAGCUGCUGGCAGUGCUGUGGUCGGGACAGUAGGGGCUGCGACUGGCUACGGUAUUAAAAAGGCUUUUGACAUUGCUGGAGUGGUGGGUGUUCCUUUGGGGCUCAGUGCUGCUGGAAUUGGGGCAGGAACCUUAGCAGCCAACGCAGGAGGAAAAGCAGCAAGUGGUUUGGCGGCAGGAGCGGCUGGACUCUCAGCUGCUGGCAGUGCUGUGGUCGGGACAGUAGGGGCUGCGACUGGCUACGGUAUUAAAAAGGCUUUUGACAUUGCUGGAGUGGUGGGUGUUCCUUUGGGGCUCAGUGCUGCUGGAAUUGGGGCAGGAACCUUAGCAGCCAACGCAGGAGGAAAAGCAGCAAGUGGUUUGGCGGCAGGAGCGGCUGGACUCUCAGCUGCUGGCAGUGCUGUGGUCGGGACAGUAGGGGCUGCGACUGGCUACGGUAUUAAAAAGGCUUUUGACAUUGCUGGAGUGGUGGGUGUUCCUUUGGGCUCAGUGCUGCUGGAAUUGGGGCAGGAACCUUAGCAGCCAACGCAGGAGGAAAAGCAGCAAGUGGUUUGGCGGCAGUUUCAGGCAGGAGCUCGUGCUGACGGCUUCACAACACUCAAGAUAACAUGGAGCUGAACUGCCAGAACAGCCCUCGGCCACUUCCUGACACGUGUCACUGCAGCCGGCCAGCCAAUCACUGCCCGUCGUCCUCAGCUACAGCGAGAGAGAGAGAGAGCGCAGGUCAGGGCAAUAACGGGGACAGCAGUUAUUAUUAAUAAUAAUCAUCCUUACAUCUGACAUGGCACCUUUCACGU